AAAUGAAUCAAUUCUAGGAUGUAUUCAAUGAAUUUUCAUAAUUACACAAUCAGAAAUACAAUUUAGGGGAAAUAUUAUCAUUUUUGGAUUCAAAAUGUGCUAAUGGUUAUUUUGAUCGAGAUGUUUAUUAAUAAUUGAUUGACUAAAUCCCCUAAGCGUAAUCGCAAUAAUAAUGCACCAUUAAUUAGUUAAUUAAUGUCUUCAAGAAGGCUUAGGAUGUGCUGAAUGAUAAAAUAAGCAAAAGUUAACAAAUCAUAGAUUAGAAAAAUAUGUAUAUCCAAAUUUGAAUUAUCACUAGUGAAAUUAGAGCCUAUAAUGAUAAAAUUAGGUAAUCUCAAACAAGCAGUGUUAAUUCAUCAAGCAAAUUGAAUGUCGAAAUUCUUGAUGCUGAGAUUUUGUAUUAAGGAAAUGGAUAAUUGUAAGUAAGUUUGGAAUGUAUGUCGUCGGUUAUUUAUACAUGUAAAUUGUUAUUUGAUUAUAGAGUUGGCAAAAAGACAAAAAUCAGUUUGGAACGAAACCUUCGACUUGUAUUUACUUAACUUUAUGAUUUAGUAAUGUCAAUGAGUAAGCAGUAUUGAAAUUUAUUUUGCUGGAUACAGAAUUAUAGCAGAAAAGGGGAAAUGGUGGAGUUGCUUAUAUAGACAUCAAUACUUUUGGAGAUUAAAUGCUUCAUGACUUUACUGUAAAUUUGACAGAUGAGAGCAAUGCAAUAGUCAGAGCCAAGUUACAUCUUAAAAUUUAAUGGAUCUAUUCGAAAGUAAUUGUAACAAAGAUUUGUAGAACAAAUACUUAUAAGAUUUAAUUAAUGAGAAUAUGAUAUAAAUCAAUUAAUUGGAAUAAGAGAUCAACGAUCACAUUGUUGAUUUGGACAUCAUAAAUUCCCCAUUCAAACAAGCAUUCAAAUUUUAAAAUAACCUGACUAUAUCGACAUAUCAAACACAACCAAAUUAGUAAUAGCAAUAGGCAAGUCCAUUGUUAAUUAGUGAGAAUUAAAUCGAUAGAUUAGUUUAGAUUUCAUUGUUAUUAAUUAUUCUGUACUUAGUAUUCGGAUUGUUGAAUAGUAUGUAUCGAACAUUAUAUUUUGAUGUAAAUAAGUGUGAUUUAUUAUAGUUCUUAGUACUUUUCUAUUGCUUUUUGUUUUAUUAGAAAAAUUAUAAGCUGCAAUCGUUGCUUCACAUUAAGAUCAUUAUGGUCAUGUUAGGAGUUGCUCUGUUGAUGGACAUAAUUUGGCUUGCAAUUUAUAGUACAGUAAAAAUCAUAUUAAGUUGAUAGCCUUAUUUGGGGGAGUUUAAUGCAAAUUUUGAUCAUUUUGAAUAUGGAUUGCAGAAAUAUCAGAUAAUAUUGAGUUGGUUGCUGUUAUUUGUAAAGGUAUCAAUAAUUUUAUAUAUAUAUAUAUAUAUAGAUUGUCGUAUUGAUGUUCUAUGUUCAUAUAUAUGCCACAUACCCAGAUAAAUCAACCUAAGUUUACGAUUAGUAAUGGAAUGCGAUUUUUGGAUGGAGGGAUGGAAAACAAAUUAAUGUCUACCGAAAUUACAAUUGA